AUGAACUGGACCCAGGCUCGACAGUGGUGUCAGACUGAGCACACAGAUAUGGUGAUUAUCCAAAACCAGGAAGAGAACGACUAUCUAGUCUCAGUUCUGCCAAACAGAACAAAGAGCCCAUAUUACUGGAUAGGAAUCACCAAGAAACACAAAAAUGAAAACUGGGUCUGGAUUGGGGAUAACAGCACCUGGAUCGGCAAUGGUUCAUGGGCGGCAAAUGAACCCAACAACAACCACAGCACUGAGUUUUGUGUUGAAAUCUACGUGAACCAGGGAGUAAACAGAGGGAAGUGGAACGAUGAGAAGUGUUCCAAUAAGAAAAUGGUUGCUUGCUUUAAAGCCCAGUGCAAUGAGAUAUCGUGUGACAGAGGGAUAUGCAAGGAAACCAUAAACAACACAACCUGCAUCUGUGAGGAGGGCUUUAAAGGGGACAGGUGCCAGACAGCUGUGGAGUGCCCCCGUCUGUCUCAGCCUGAUAAUGGCUACCUGAGCUGCACCGGAGGAAACCUGACCGUCAACUCAACCUGUCGAUUCAAAUGCCAGCUUGGCUUUCAAAUGAUAGGACAACCUGCUGUCACCUGUGGGGUCAGCGGGGUCUGGAGCGGCCCAAGACCUACUUGUGCAAGUAAUGGCAUUAGACUAACGUAA